GCUCCUGCGCAGCUUUGGUGGCGCGGUGACGCGGUGGGUGCAGAGCGAUGGUAGGAGGGCGCCGGCGUCCCCAAGAAGUGGACAUGGGGCUGGUGUCAUUUGAGGACGUGGCUGUGGACUUCUCGCGGCAGGAGUGGCAGGAGCUGGAUGCUGCUCAGAGGACCCUCUACAGGGAUGUGAUGCUGGAGAACUACAGCAGCCUGGUGUCCUUGGGGCACUGUUUAGACAAACCUGAGCUGAUCUCCAAUUUGGAACAAGGAUUGGUGCCAUGGAAUGGUGCAGAAGGCACAGAGCAGUGCCCACCAGAUAUCCAUAAAUGGAGUGCCCUGGCUGAAACAACACAGCAAGCUCAAGAGAAGUAUUUGGGCCAACUUGAAAUCAUCAAGAUAAAUACAUCAAAUGAAGAUAUGGUUGAAGUAGAAAAAAUAUUCAACGUGGACUCAAACUGUAUUUCAAAUAUGAACAUGAAGAAUGAAUUCUAUUCUAGAAUGUUCCAUCAGGAGCUUGUUAAUCCAUGGCAAGAUGUCCCUUUGCCUAGUGAGCCUGAUGAGAGGCAGGUAAUGGAUAUAACUUGUGAUUUGAAUGGAACACAGGACAUUCUCUCAUACCCUGACCAUUUUACUCAGCACAGCAAGGAUCAGUGUUCAGAGGGUCAUUUUCAGUAUUUGGGGCCAAAUGAAACCUUCCAUCAAAAAGCAAUAUUAACACCUGAGAAGUUUCAUGUGCAGAAUACCUCAAGGAAGUUUAGUAACUGUGAGAAAUUCUUGAAUGAGGGAGCACUUCCUGCCCAAUAUAUGAUUCCAUUAAGACAACAAGCUUUGGGAUGGGAUACAUGUCAUAAAAUGUACCCUAGCAAGACUGAACUCAGCAGCCAUGACAAUAUGCACAUGGAAGAGAAAAGUUAUAAAUGUGAUUAUGAGAAACCCAUCCUUACCAAAUCAUACCUUACAAAACAUCAGGAAGUACAGGCAGGGGAAGAGCCCCAAGGACACAAGGAAAACAUCAAAUUCUGUCUGGAUGCUGAACUACAACUGGAUGAUCAGAAAAUGCACACAGAGAAACAAAUUUAUGAAUGUAAAGUAUCUGGAAAAACCUUUUACCAUGAGUCCCAUCACAUCAACCAUCAGAGAUCACACACCCGUGAGAAGCCCUGUGCAUGUGAGGAAGACAGGAAAGCCAUUGAUGAUAAGUCAACCCUCACCCAACAUCAGAGACUUUGUACAGAUGAUAAGUCCUGUGAGUGUAGAGAAUGCAGCCAGGCUGCCUACCACAAUUCACUAGUGUCUCAAUAUCAGAGAGCUCAUGCAGAUGAGCAGCAAAAUGAAUGCAAAGAAUUAAUGAAAAUUUACUUCUAUAUCUCAAGCCUCACUCAGCACCACACUCCUACUCUUGAGAAACCUUAUGGAUGUAAUGAUUGUAUGAAAACUUUCUCCCAUAAGUCACAACUCACUCGACAUCAGAGAACUCAUACAGGGGAGAAGCCCCAUGAAUGUAAAGAAUGCAGGAAAGCUUUCUGUCAUAAGUCACACCUCACCCGGCACCAGGGAAUCCAUGCACCUGAAAAACCCUAUGAGUGUAAAGAAUGUCAGAAAGCUUUCUACCUGAAGUCACAACUCACUCAGCAUCAGAGAACUCAUACAGGGGAGAAGCCCUAUGAAUGUAAAGAAUGCCGGAAAGCAUUCUUCCGCAAUUCACACCUCACUCAACAUCAGAAAAUCCAUACAGGCGAGAAGCCACACAAGUGUAAAGAGUGUGGGAAUGCUUUUGCCCGUAAGUCACACCUCACUCAGCAUCAGAAAACCCACACAGGCGAGAGGCCCUAUGAAUGUAAAGACUGUGGCAAAGCCUUUUCUCGAAAGUCACAAGUGAUGCAACACGAGACAACUCAUACUGGUGAGAAACCUUAUGAGUGUAAAGAAUGCAGGAAGACUUUCUAUCUUAAGGCAUACCUUACUCGACACCAGGUAAUUCAUAAACCUGAAAAGCCGUUUGAAUGUAAGAGAUGUGGGAAAACUUUCUCACGUAAGUCAUACCUCACACGCCAUCAGAAGACACAUCGAAGUGAGAAAUCCAAUGUAGGUGAGAAACUGUAG